AUGUCUACUUAUCUUAUCACUGGUGCCAACCGUGGAAUUGGCUUGGCUCUCUUUAAACAAGUGGCUGCUAAAUCAGAAAACACUGUUAUUGUUACAGUCAGAGACGAAACUAAGGCCGAACAAAUCAAAAAGUUGGGCUACAAGAACGUCCAUGUGAUUGUCAUCGACAUUGGGGACACUUUAGAGGCAUUUGAAGCUGCAUUCAAAAGUCUUCCAGAAUUGGCCCCCAAUGGUUUCGAUGCGGUAAUCCACAAUGCUGGUGUACUUUCCGAAGGCACAAUGAGUAAGUUUGGGGACCAUAAACUCAGUGAAUUUCAGAGGGUUUGGGACAUCAACUUCUUGGGAGCCGUCAAGUUCUUGAGAAGUAUUCUCCCAAUCUUGGACCUUAACAAUAAGCCAGUCAAAGUACUUACUGUUUCUUCCUCUGGCGGAACUAUUUCGGAGAUGGUAUUUGCUUGCAACAGUUACGGUGCUAGUAAGGCAGCUCUCAACUAUAUUACCAAGGAAAUUGCCCUCGAGAGAAAGGAAAGAGGUGAUAUCUUCGUACCUAUCCACCCUGGAGUCGUUGAUACAGAUAUGACUACUGAAUUAAAAGGCAAGUAUCACCUUAUUUCAGCCGAAGAAAGUGCUGCUAAAGUCUGGGAACUCGUUGACAAGUUGACAUUGGAAGACUCAGGCAAGUUCUGGUCGUACGAUGGAUCUGAGCUUCCUUAUUAA